AUGGGCAACUACAGUGACCUCCCUCCCCACGAACGCCCCGGCUAUGCACCCCACGCCGCCUCGUUCGCGCAUCCUGCAACUACAGCUCCCCCAGCUGCAAACGUUACAUAUGCCAAUGCAAACAAUGUCAAGUAUGCAUCCACCGCCAACAACUUCUCGUACACGGCCGCCCCAACCUCUGGCCACAGCAGGACAUCGAGUGCGACGGGGAGGGACGGCUCUUUUCAGUAUGCGAAUCCUCCGCCAACCAUCACCUACACUGCGAAGCCAGUAGCAGAUUCCAAGCCGCCUCAUGUGCGACACAACUCACAGCCGGUAUACCCUACGCAGCCGCAGCCCCAGUAUACAGCUGUGCCCAAUGUCGCGUCGCCAACCGCUCAGUAUACGACCAGGCCACAGGCUCCUCCAUCGCAACCUCAGUACACAAUGGUCUCACAGGCGCCAGCCUCGCAGCCUCAAUACACGACUAUGCCACAAGCUCCUGCCCCGCCUUCAGCUAAUGGGCAACCAUUCCCACCUCCUCCAAUGGGUCGUCACUCGCCACGUCCCGAGCACCACCGUGCGUCUUCGUACUCUGGAGUGGUGAAUCCGACGGAGGGUCGCAAUGUCGUGGAAAUGCGCCCGCAGGGUCACCUUGGUGCACCUGGUAAACCCGAGGGAUUGCGCAUGGACAGACUGUCUGUGAGCGGCAACAGACCUGACUUGCAGACGAUUGUACCGGGAGGCCUGCCUGGCGGAUAUCCUGGCGGACUUCCACCACCGAGUCCUCUUCUUGAAGCCUACCAUGGUACUUAUCAGUCAAUCAGUCCUAUGCCACAGGCACUGAUGCUGGACGACGAUCUCGACGACCUACAACCGCUCGACAGCCUCGAACCCCGAGAUUCUCGCCGUUCUAAGCACGGCCGCAGCCGCAGCCGCGCUCCUUCAUCCUCGCGUCGAUCUCCAAGCCGGUCGCGGCCUUCCAAACACGCUGACAAACUGGCUCUGGCAGCGUAUGGCUCUGGCGACCGUUACCAAGAGAAGGAAAAAGACAAACGCCGGGUCAGGAUAUAUGAUGCUACUGAUGAUGCUCUUGCACUUGUCAAUGCCAUGGCUGGACGAACACCUAAUGUGGAUACCAUUAUCGACAUCAUCCCUAUACUUUCGCACGAUCAGAUGCUCGAGCUGAGAGCUGAGUACAAGCGACACUGCAAGGUUCAGGGCAGGGGAAUCAACAUUGCCAAACAUAUCAAGUUGAAGACGAGUGGUAACUUCGGCAAGAUUGCCUACGUGACUGCUCUUGGAAAGUACGAGAGCGAGGGCUACUGGGCAAACUACUGGUACCAGUCCAACUCUGCGCGUCGUGAACUUCUCAUCGAAGCCCUCAUGGGCCGUCAAAAUCACGAGGUUCGUGAGAUCAAAGAUGCGUUCAAGGACAAGCGAUACGGCGACUCGCUUACGCGCUGCAUGGACAAGGAGCUCAAGGCAGACAAGUUUCGCAAAGCUAUUUUGAUGGCGCUGGACGCCACACGCCAGGAAGAGAGCGAUGUCUGGCCAGCCGAGUACCGCAACCGCGACGUCGACACGUUGUGGAAAGCCAUCAACGCCAGAGAAGGCGGUGAAAGCGUCAUGCUGAGUAUCGUUGUCAUGCGCAGCGAUGCGCACCUACGCGAGGUGCUACGAACGUACGAGAGAAAGUACCAAGGAAACUUUGCUAGGGAUGCGUUGAAGAAGAGUAAUAAUCUCGUUGGUGAAGUCAUUGCGCAUAUUCUCAACGGCGUUAUCAACCGACCCGCACGAGACGCCAUGCUCCUCCACCACGCCCUCAUCGACCUCAUCGAGCCCCCCGCCGACGGCCGCUCCUCUGGCAGCCGUAUUUCCUCUACAUCUAGCAAACACGACCGCCAGCAGCGCGUCGAGCUGCUCAUCUCACGCCUUGUGCGCUUCCACUGGGAUCGCAUGCAUCUCAUGCGCGUGAUGAGCGAGUACGAAGAAAAAUACGGACGUAUGGUCGAGGAAGAUCUCGAAGAAGCGACUCGAGGCGAUUUUAGACAGUUUUGUCUGGCCGUGUGCCAGAGUGCUAGGUAA